AUGGAUUUCCGCCGUCUCACCAAGGCUCUCCCGACGACACAGCUCGAAGCAGGCGGCAACAACAGCACGGAAACUCUCGACAUCACGAAUUUGCCCUCCAACAUCCUCGAAGCGCUGAUCCCAGGCUACGGCCUCAUCUCCCGCUCCAUCGCGAGUACUUUCGGCAUCGACAUUUCCAUCUUCGUCUCCAUCGGCCUCAUUCUCUUCGCGCUGGUCAGGGGAGGACAGUACCUCUUCGGCGUGGCGGAGAAUGUCUUCCGCGAUGUCUUCAUGGCGUCGGUCUAUAUUGACGAACACGACGAUCUCUUCGACAUGGUGAUGGGCUGGUUGGCGGAGCAUCAGGGCGCCGAGUCGCGGAGGAGUGUACGCGCGAAGACGCAGUAUGGUGCUCGGGAGGGGAAGGGAGGGCUGGAUGACGGGGCGGUAGGCGAUGCGUUGGGCGAGAACGGGCUGUUUGAUUAUAAUAAAUGGUCUGCUCGCACGCCGCCGCGGUUUGAGCCUUACUAUGGAAGACAUAUGCUUUGGCAUGGAGGGCGACUGUUUUUCUUCAGACGGUCGCAACGACCGGCGAAUGGGCAGCGGGUACAGGUUUCCUUUGGGAGCACGAAGGAAGACGAUGUGAUACAGCUGGAUUGUAUCGGUCGUAGCACUGAGCCGAUUCGAGAAUUACUGCGGACGAUCAAGAUAUGGUCUCUGGAUCGUCUGAGGAAUACGACAACGAUUCGCCACCCUACGCCGAAAGAUCGAGGGAGGUGGGCUGGUGCUUGGAGUAAGACGACGAGUCGACCUUCGAGACCGAUGGAGACGGUGAUUCUGGAUUCUGAGCAGAAGAAGAUGAUCAUUAAGGAUAUGAACGAGUAUCUCCAUCCCAGUUCGCCGAAGUGGUAUGCGACCAGGGGGAUUCCGUAUCGCAGGGGGUACCUUUUCCAUGGACCGCCAGGGACGGGCAAGACGAGCCUGAGCUUUGCUCUGGCGGGUAUCUUCGGGUUGGAGAUAUACGCCAUUUCGUUGCAGGAGCCGACGCUGAGCGAGGGAGACUUGAUGCAGCUGUUCAAUGGACUGCCGAGGAGAUGCAUUGUGUUGCUGGAGGAUGUGGAUGCUGCCGGGUUGUUGCGAGAUGGCAAGAGUGGGAGCGAUGAAAAGGCCGGGAAGAAGAAAGGCAAAGACGGCAAGAGGGAAGAGAAGAAGAUCGAGAAGAAGGGGGAAACCGAGAAAGACGACAAGAAGCAAGAAAAGCCAAAGAAAGACGAAGACUACACGCUCAAAGACCUAGCGAAAGAACUCAAGUCCAUCAGCGCACCCUCGAGAGGCGGUAGAGGGGGCAACGCAGCACAAGGUGGCCACCCGAACAGAGAAGCAGGAGCUGGAAUCUCCCUCUCCGGUCUUCUGAACGCGAUAGACGGUGUGGCAACCCACGAAGGACGCUGCCUCAUCAUGACCACCAACCUUCCAGAGAAACUCGACGCCGCGCUCGUCCGUCCCGGCCGCGUGGAUCGCAAAGUAGCCUUCAAGCUCGCCAUGAAAGACCAGAUCAGCGAACUCUUCGUGCGAAUGUACGCCGCCACAGACCAAGUCCCCGAAUUCGAGCCCAAGAUCAAAGUCAGCGACAAACCGACGACGAAUGGGUACACGAAUGGUCAUCGUGCUGAGGAGAACCAGCUCACGGGCCUGAGGGAGGGAGACUUGGAAUUGCUGUCGUUGGAGUUUGCACGGUGUAUCCCUGAUGAUACGUUUACCCCUGCGGAGAUCCAGAAUCAUCUGAUGCGGUAUAAGAAGCAGCCGAGGACUGCUGUUGAGGAGGCGAAAGAGUGGGCGGAGGAGCUUCUUGCUGAGAAAGAAAAAGAGGCAGAGGAGAAGGCGGAAGCUGCUGAGGACGAGGAGGAAGGUGAGGAUUGA